AUAUCGCAAGAAUUUUUGCAGACAAUUAACAGAUCGAGCAGAAGGUUUUUGUCGAACCUUAGAAGGUCGAUGGGCACUAGGAGACUGUGGUAAUUCUGUACUGAUAUUUGUGUGGAGACAUUACAGAAAGAUGGUCAUAUGGCCUGCUCGACUUGCUCAACGUUAUGUGACAACAAGUGAAAGAAGAAAAAUUCUGAAGGAUGUAAAUAGUUUAAUACAAAAUGAUAAAUGGUAUGAAGCGCUCACACGAGUAAUCGCAGCUCUGCAUGACGAAUUGAAAGGUGCACCAGAAAAUCGAAUUGACACUGGUAUAUUAUCACUGAUAAUUGCUGUCGGAGUUGCUGUUUUACUCACUGCCUUGAUCACAUGUUGUGUGUGUGCAUUCCGUUGUUGUGGUAAUAUAAGAGAGAAUCCGCUAGAAAGAUUUGGCAAAACCUUUCAAGGAGUUGAUGGCUUUCGAGCAGAAGUCAUCCGACGAGGUAGUCAACUUAGACAUUCCUUUUCUCGAUCUUCUAAAUUUGGAAGUUCUCGGGAAAGCCCGAUCAAUACUGCUUUCUUUCCCGAUACCGGAACAACAACGAUUGUUUAG